CGCCGAGUUCAAGUUGUAGUUUCACUUUAAAAAUGGCCGUUGUUUCAUAUCCAUGAACGCCGAAACAUGAUCAAAACUAAUAAGCCACUAAGGUGAAAAACGAAAACAGGCCGACCUCUUGAUGUUGUGCGGGAACACUAUUUACAGAAAGAUGUUCCUUGCCGCAGUGAAGUUUGUGCAGUUUGCGAACAAGGUAAGUAAGCGUUUGCAAGCAGAGUAAGCUACAGCCAAUCUUUGGAAGUUGUUAUCUUAGUUACAGCAUAAUGUAGUUCAGUAUCACACACUUUAAUUUAAUUAGUUAUUUAGGCAACGGAACUUUGCUUUCUAAUUCACUGACUCAUUACGUUGUUCCUGAUUGCCAGGUAAGUUGAGUUAUGUUUACUGCACUUUAACUGAUCUUGGCCUAAGCGUUGUUAGACUUGUGCAAAGUAAACCUUUCAGCAAUAUUUCCGUAUAACACCAUACUUCAUUGUGCGAGCAGUUCUUUGAUGAAAUAAAACUAUGGCGAAAGAUAGCAUUUGAGACGAAGGCUUUGUAGAAGUUAGUAGUCGAUUGUAGUAUGAAGUUGCAUCUUUCAAAACUGUAGCCAGCUUUUUUUGGUUACUAACUCGAAAAAUACUUGUGGGGGUCCAAGUAUUAUGCCCUGACAUAUCGUAUGAACCUUCCGAACCUAUGCUUUUCUUGAGGCUUAAAAUUUUUCCUGACAGCCAUCCAUCAAAGGUAUUAAGGGUAUUAGUAACACAUUGCCAACAGGUCACCAACAGGUUACCAACAGACGGCCGACUGCUGGUCAACUGUUGGCCAACGGUUGACCGUCUGUCGGCCGAUGGUCAGCCAACUGUUGACCGACAGUUGGCUGACAGUAUCUUUGGGAACUGUUCUUCACUUUUACCGGUGAUUCUACAGUGUAAAAAGGAUGGUGAGAAAGAAAAAAAAACACAAAUGCUUUGCAAAUGGCCAUGCUCCGUAAACAGGCACUGGGCAUUUGACGAGGUUUGAUUUGAAAUUCAAAUCGAUAUCCUUAGAUCCUCAGGUAUUUUAGUUUGCAAGAAUUUACUAAUAGUUAAUUACAAGCACUGAUGUGAUGGUUGAACGGUGAAGGCAUUCAAGUUUUGAAUUAAAAAAAAAAUGAAGAAUAAAUAAUUGUGUCAGGACAAGAACACACAAUUAAGCCAAACUAUGUGGUUAAUUUCCUUGAGUUAUCAUUCUUUGGUGUUUUAUUUCAGAUUUCUUGAAAUAUUUGAGAGUGCAGAACUUCAAGGAGAAAUUUUCUUUGAAACAGUGGUCAAUAAUAUUAUGUAAGCACAGAACACCUUUUUGUGUAUUUUGCAGAAUGUAGAUGGAUAUUUUGUAGCAGAUAAGUGUUUAAUUAAUUAUAAGUCAAUCACUGCACUUGUACCUGAUGCACUUCUGUAAAUGUUUUCAUAGGUCCAGCAUCAAGGAGGGAGAAAACUUCAAUCUCAAUUAAAAGAUAUUGUGAACGAUAACAGGCAGCAGAGCAUCAUAUUCAGUAAAGAGUUCUGUGAUGGGGCCUAUGUUCCCAGGGAGCCCAGGGAAACUUUGGAAGAUUGGCAAUGGAGGUGAAGCUAUGUUGAGGACAUAGACUGAUAUAAAAUGUGUGACUUUUUAUUUUUUGUUGUUGUUGUUUUUUUUCACUAAAGAUGAGAAGUAUGGUCAAUUAUUAAAAAUUUUGUUUGAAAAAAAAAACUUGUCCGUUUUGACAGCAGAGUGAUUUCAUAAGCUUUCAAGGCACAGCAAUAAUUUUUGCAGUCAGAACUUCUAUAAGAAAAAGAAAAUGCCAAAAAAAUAAUUCAAACCACAACAUUAUUUUUUUUAUUAUCUUUUCAUAUUCAUUUGAUGUGCAAAGUUUUCUAGUAAGCCUUGACUUUUGUUUUGUUCUUUUUUUCAUCUCCAUACUCAAGAGGGGUUCCUUUUUCUUUGAAGGUGCAUUUACAAUAAUGGUAUUAUUAUAAUCAUUUAAACCAAGCUAUGCCCCUUGUCAUCUUAACAGAAGACCAGCAGGUAACAUAUACACUGUACAUGUACAGCUCCAUCUCCUUUGUGCCUGCUGUAGUAGAACACCAACAUUUUGUUUUCUCAGCAACAUCUAAGUUUUGUCUGUAUAUUGAUUUGAAAUCUUCAAUAUACAAUAUAGAAGUUGAUUUAGGAAUUGCAUCUUUGUUAGAUACUGUAAUUAGGCUUAAUCAUCUCUGAAAUUUGCACCUACAUAUGAAUUAUUUCUCAAAAUGGUCAUUAAUUUGCAAGAAAAAUAUGACAACUAUGUAAUGUGAUGGGGGCUUCCCCUUUGGUGACUUUUAUGAUGAACCCUUCAUACCCUUCACAUGGCAAAUUUUGCAGCUUUUGUUUCUAAAAUUCAUUUUUUCCUCUCAGAAAAUGGAUGAAUUCAAUUUCAAACUGGCUCAGUACUGCAUUAAUAAAAUAUUUGAACUGAUCAAGUCCUGUAUUUGAGCGAUUUCAAAAUAGAUGUAAUUAAGUAGUUAUUGAAGCUUAUGUCAUGCAAUUUUGGUCUGAAAUCAUACUUGUGAUUUCAAAUCGACCUUGCGCUGCACGUUCAUGUGAUUUUGAAAUAAUGUGUAUGAUUUCAGUCAAAAAUGCACUCCAGUCAGUUCAAUUAACAUUAUUUAUCCUUGUACCUUAAUGUUUGAUUCAAGUGUGAUAUUGUGUGGAGAAACUAAAAGCUAGUCACUCUUUCAAAGCCAACAGAUUGAAUCUAUAAUCUAGGUAAACAGACUGGAUAAAAUCUUCAUUUAAAUACAUUUAGUUAUAGGUGUGUAUGUUUUUUGGGAACAUUUUUCUAUAUUGUAUGUUGGCAGAUUGUGGAAAAGUAUGGAAACAAGUCAGCGGGAGUGUUUAUCAUGAGGACUGAGGACUACCUUACUGAUUUCUAUCCCACUUGUCAAUCAAUUCUGGAGUUUUACUAUUCCCUGGCUGCCCUAAAUAAUGAAGCAAAUGAAUCAGGUAAGACUGAGUGUACCUUAAAUUUGAUAAAAAAAGAUAAAUUUAUUAGCCUUGAGCACCCUUUCCUUAUUUUUAGGAAAAGCUUACACAGCUGGAAUGAUUUCAGGUCAGGGAGUGCUCAAUAUUCCAAUUGAAUUUUGAAGCCGUGAUAUUAGUUUCGAUUGCUAAGAUCAAGUGAAGGUUAAAGUGAGCAAAAUAGUGUAUGACAAACACCAAGGGAGGAAGGUGAUUGGGAACAAAAUCUUGGGAGUGGAGCAUUUUCUGUCUGAACUCUGAUGAUGAAAUUGGUUCUGCACUUUGGUUCUUAGUGUUGACAAUUAAAUUUCCCUUGUCGAAAAUCUCAGUUGAAAAGCAAAAGAAAAUGAUAUGCCUUAAAUGGUUUGGUUGAUUUUUUGAAAUAAAUGUUUUUAAAAUAAAUUUCAUUUAAACUUUAUCGUUAUUGUAGUGAGUGAAGCAUCCACAAAUGAAUAUCAAGAAUACUUACCAGCCAAGGUUCUUGAAGCUGGAAUUAAAGCAGUAAGAGAGAGAGAUUUUUUAAUGGAAGAGUUAUAAUUAAUAAUGAUGAUUAAUUUUAACCAGCAUUCUGUCACAAAUGCUGCAAUGUAAUUGGCCUUGCUACUGGCCAAUUAUUCCACGAUAGAUGUACAUGUCUGCAUACCUCAGUGAAUAACCCUUUAAGCCCCAAUAGUGACUAGCAUCUAAUUUCUCCUAACAAUAUCACUGCCUGAUCAAAUGUAAGGAUCAUGAGAAUGAAUGAAAUGACCACUAAAGAUGAAAUGUCAUGAUGUUUGAACAAAUUCUCUCAAUCAAUAAAAUGAGACACACAUGGAGAACAGUGAUGGGAAUAUACAUGUUGAUAUUAGGACUGGAAAUGAUAAAGUGAGUGGCCUAUUGGUGUGCUGUUGUAAACAAACCAAAAUGACUCUACUCUGUUUUACAUGAUAGCUGAUCAACUAUGCAUAUCAUGCCAUAGAAACCUUAAGAUUUUAAUCUCAUUGUUAAUGUAGAAAUAUCUUUCCUUACCAAGGGUUGUUUCUUACAAGGAUGUCUCAAUGUCAACAAACAUUGUGCACAAGAUAAGGCAUUUGUUCAAAAGUGAGGGUAUGCUAUGUUUACUCUGUUGUAAAUCUAUGAUAUCAUUACAUUCAAAUGCAGCUUAUUCCAGUGCAUGAAGUUAAGGUUUGCACUAAACAAACUUGAAUACCAAAAGACAGAGGAUUGAGGUCCUUGUAGCAUAAUGCUUACCUUGAAUUAAAAUAAAGUUUACAAUCUCUCAUUUCAAACUGUUACACAUACAUUUGUACAUAUGCUAUAUUUAUUCAGCUAUAAGCUGAUCUUGGUAAGAGGUUGAGACCCUCAAUGCUUGGAAUCAACCUAACCAGCAUGAAAAAUAAAACAAAAACACCAAGCCUAUUUUGCAAAUAAAUCAAUUGCAUUACAUUAUUGUUUAACAGUGAUUUUCUUCGUUCUUAGCAAGAGAAUGUCAGACAGCAAGGACUCACUAGACUCUUAUGUACUCAUCACUGGCAUGGUGAAUAGGUAAGCAAGUGUGCAAACCUGCAGUAACUGUCAAUCAUUGGUCAAUAUUAGUAUUACUAAUAUCAACAAAAGUGCGACAAAAUUUUGACUGAGGCUUCACAUAAUGCUUGGAAAACCUUUUUUAAGUGAUAGGUGAAAUAGAGACUCAGUUGCAGAAAAGAAAGAAGACAUCAGAAAUGUCUGAUAACAUUCUGUGUUGUUAGAAAUAGACAUUUAUGUUUUUGAAAAGAAAAUGAAAUAAAAUUUCUUUGCUGCCCUACAUUCAACCUCAUAAACUAGACUUAGUAAACAGGUGUAAAAUCAAAGUGCUCUGUGAGCAAACUCGUGAAUUGACACAUGAUUUUUUAGAUUAUGUUUAAUGUUAUCUGGUUUAGGGAAUUUUGUGGUUGGUGCCAUUCCCCACAUCGUAUCUACAACUCGCUCUUGCGCAUGCGCGCAAUUCACGAGUUAAAAAGGAAAAAAACUUUGGAAAGAAAAGUCUGACUCAUCCUUGAGACCCAAGUAUAGGGAUGAUAUCAACUUGAAGACCCCAUUCUGCAGAGCUUCCCUGAACAUCAUUUUGGACUUUUGAUUGAUUACUCUACCUUUUAAGCCUGAGUACAGUACAGUUGUAUAUGUUCAUUGCACCCUUAAAAGUUUAAAUUUACCACAAUUUACAAUUAUUGCAUACCUUAUGUAAUUUUAACACACCCGUUGAUGCAGCCCAGUGGGUUUGUAUGAACAACAAAAUGUCAACUUAAAGUGCUUAUAUUUUUAUAUUAUUUAGUUUAUGUGUACUCACUUUAAUCCUUUAAUUCCCAUGAGUGACCAAGACAGAGUUUCUCCUUACAAUAUCAAUACAAUACCAACUCGUUGAGUGAUGUGAAGAAAGAAAAAUAGUAAUAAGGGGAUUAUUAGUUUAUCUAAUUCCAAAUUCUUUGCACAGACAUCAUAAGAAUUGUAUGGCAUACAGUAAGGGGAAUUGACGCUGACGCUCAAAACGUCAGCUUUUUUAGCCUUUACGGUGGCUAAUUUACGUUUUCAACUGAGUUGUUACCACUAAAUUACCUGUUCUUCUAAACCAACGGAUUUCCAAAACGACGAUUUUUUUUAUUCGCUUUUGAAGAACGGGAAUUGCUUUGGUUUCCCCUUUAAGAAUAACACUUUACUCGUUCUUUUAUAGGGUGUGUUAGUGGAAUUAGAAACACUCGCCUUUUAGGUUCCCUUGGUUCUUUGUACUGAUUUAUUUUGUUUUAAUAAGCUACCUAGUAGGCGUUCGACAUUAACACAUGAAACGCGCGCGAAAGGGAGCGUAUACGUGGGUGAAAGAGAGAACUCCUUUUGUCUUACGUGCGUCUUAAUCCAAAAUACUUGCAUACUAUUUUGCUUUAUGGACUUUAAUGACUACUUUCGUACUUUCGUUUCCGUUUCAAGACAUUCGAUCGAGAAAUCGAGGAUAAAAACAUCUGUCCAAACAUAGUCAAGUAUUGGGGUCGAACGAAACGAUAAAUAUAGUGUCUUUAGGGACGUUCACGUCAAAAGUUCAUGAAACAGAAUGUUUUUUGAAGAUGAAAUAUUGAAAGAUCGUAUUUUGAAGCAUUUCAUUUUCGAUUGACAUCGUUAUCCAAUGCUUCAUUUCAUUUUCGACACUAGGUGAAUACAUAACAAAGGAGUUUGAAUUAAAAUUUCCUGAUUUGCAAUUAUGUUUGUGUUUAUCUGUUUCGAUUUCACAGUCGGCCCACACUCCGGCUAAGGUCACGACCAAACAAAGAGACCGAUAUGGAUGUAUUUCUUGCAGCUGAAAAAUAUUUAAAAAUAUUUAAAGGAAUACAAAUCUCAUCGAUACCUACGAAGCACUUUGAUAAAAACAUCAGGCAGCUGAUCCUUCCACAGACUUUCCAUUGGCUUACAGGUGUUCACACUUCACGGCCGACUCAAACUUUCUUUCUUCGACGUUUGCCUUCUCAUUUUAGACACUAUCGUCUCACUUCGUUACUGAUUUAAUUUUCACCACAGAUGAAAUCAUGGAUAACCUGCAACAACUUCAAAAUCAUGUUACAGCUGAAAACUCCAGCAAUACAAUCGCGAGGAAUGAACUGGCGCCGCAUUCACCUUGGGGUCCAAUGACUAUCAUCAUAGCGAGUUUCCUCGUCAUGGUCAUAUGCCUUGCCACAGUUGGUAACCUUGUGGUAUGUCGGCUUGUCUGGGUUUGUCGGCGCAUGCAGAUCCCGUCACUGUACUUUGUGGCCAGCAUGUCAUUUUCUGAUUUCCUCACGGGUUUGCUGGUUUUGCCGCUAAGUUUGGGCUACCAUAUAAGUUAUCAGAAUACAGGUAAAUAUUUUACUUAAUCGAAACAAUCAAUCAGCUGAGACGGUUGAUAAUGCAAAUUGGCUACUGUCCUUCCGCCCUUCGCCAGAGCAAAAUUUUUAAAAUAAAUCAAAGCCGGGCUGUCCAGAAAAGCGUUUCUCCAUCUUGAAAAACGAUGGGUUCAGUAAUAGUGGGAAGAAAGCUCGCCUUAACUAAUAGAAGAAAAAGGUAAUAAUAAUAAAUCAAUGAAUCGAUUUUUUGGAUUCCAUUUAACCACAGCCAAAGCUGAUCGAAAUUCUGUUUGCUAAUUGCAAACGCUCAAAGAAAUUUCACUUAUCGCAUAGUCAUCGCCCAUAGCUAGUAUGAUUUUUGCCUAGAAACGGAAGUCGUGAAAAACGAAAUGUUGUGGAACAGAUUUGAGACUUGACCUCUCACCACAUGGGAGACACGAUUGAGCUGUCAUGGGAAACUUGACAAAUGUUCUUGAAGCGGGGGGGAAGGGGGGGGGGAGGAAGGAAGGAAGGGGUAGUUGAGGCGGGGUUAGGGGAAGGAGGGAGGAGGAGGUAGAUGGUCAGAGACAAGCAAGAGCUGGUUAGAUUGUAAAUACGUUUACUUUCGUUAGGAGGCAAACCUGUGUUCUUUUAUUUACUUCAGUAUACUUGAUCUCUAGGUCGAUGGACUUUUGGUCGAUUCACCUGCGACCUCUAUUUAUUCUUGAACUUUAUUCUGUGCAGCGCCUCCAUAUACAACUUGUGUGUGGUCAGCGGAGACAGAUACUUGGCUGUGACUUCACCACUAAAUUAUCUGUCACGCAUGAACGAAAGCAGAGUCAAGCAAAUUAUCGGAGUGUCCUGGUUUUGCGCGCUGCUACUAGCCGGUUUCGUCACGUAUGGCACGCAUGCUUCCAAGGAAAACGGCGUCAACUGUUCGAUCUGGGGUUUGCGAUAUGAGUACUCUGUUUUUGUACUGGUAAUGGCUUAUAUUCUACCGGUAUUUUUUCUCGUAUUCGUGAAUAUGAAGGUGUUUCUCAUUGCGUAUGCUCAUAUGACCAGAAUAUACGUGCAAGAGAUAUCGCUGGCUCCUGUUUCGACGUUUACGGAGAGCGCCCUGAGUCAAGAAGGAGAACCUAAGAAAACUAUUCAAAGAGCACGACUGAAACGGGAGAUCAAAAUAUUCAAAACGUUUCUCAUUGUCACAUGUACUUUUCUGAUUUCCUGGACACCAUUUGUCGUGAUUCUCUUAAUAGAUUCAAUCUCACCUGUUCCGAGUCUUAUCAGACACUCCUCUAUCAUCCUUUUAUACUGCAACAGUGCUCUGAAUCCAUUCAUAUACGGCUUUUUUAAUUCCGAGAUAAGGAAGGCAUUGUCCGAGACUUUUAACUGUAAAUGUACUGUACCUUUUAAGAGAUAGUGGCAGAGCGGA